UCCAGUAUGGCGGCGCGGGGCGCUUCCCAGGCGUCCCCCUCGUUCUCUUCUCCCUCCCGGGAGUCGCGGUCCGGCCCGCUGCCGCCCCCAUCCCCGUCCUCGGCCGCGGUCUCCAAGUCGCCCCUGGACUCCCAGGCGAGCUCUUCGAGCUCACCGCCGCGCGCGGGAAGCGCCCAGGACGAGUCGUUGCCCCUCGCGGUGUUUUACGGUCCGCUCGAUGCGAAGAACCCGCUCCUGGCCUCGUGUGAGAAGGAGAUCCGGGAGCUGCUAGGCUUUGUGAAGAGAAAAAAAACUUUAGCAACCACCGAGGAACAGAAGUACGAGUUCCAGCGGCGCUGUGCUACUCGUUUGUUUAAUAUCUGGACCAAAUAUGCCCCUCGGUUGCCUGCUGACUAUUACAAUGAAAACCUUCUAAAAGUUGGAAAUAGCCUUUAUGAGGCCAAAGAAUACAAAUUGGCCCUUUUACAGUGCUAUGGGAGAUAUCUUCAGCAGUUCAGUGCUGACUUUGAUGAGAAUAAAGCAGAUGUGAAUCAAUUCAAGACUGUCUUUUUUCCAAAAGGCUUUGGAGACAAAACUGCUGCACAAACAUUUCAAGCUUUAAGUGGCAAAAAUAUUUGCAGCUACCAGCUGGUCUGUGACAAUGAUGUAAACCUGCAGAACCAGGAGUCUGUGGCCCAUUGUCUGCGGAUCUUGUCCUCCCUUCGACUCCUCAUGCAAGUGGCUCUUCCCCAUGAGCACCUCUGCUGGAUUGUUUUCAAUGGUACUAUUUACAUUUACACAAUUUGCAGAAAACUGAUGGUCAUAGGCCAGUCUGCCAAGGCUUUGGAAUAUCUUCUGUGGGCUAGCAUAUGUAUGGAAUCCUCUGUCCCACUCCUCUCUGUCAGGUAUUUGACAUGGAGAGCUACUCUCUACACUGCUGUCUGUCAGUGCUACUAUGAUAGUCAAGCUGCUAUUCAUGGAGAGACAUUUGCUCGGCGUGGUUUAGCUAAAAUUGAUGAGUUAAGGCAACUGGAAUUAAUGAGUUCUUCACAAUCACAGCAAGAAUCCAGAAACUGUUAUAGAGAGGCCACAAUAAAGAUGGCGGUGAUGAUCUUCAAAAGAGGAGUAUUUGAAUCUAGAAGGAAAAACAAAGCUUACUUAAGACCAAAAUUAAGAAUUAACAUAAAGGAAACACAAGCUCUUUCAUGGCCGUCUACCAUCACAGAACGUCUCUUGGAUGAGAUGUUUGACAGCACUGCGUCCCGUUUUCUGGCUGUCUUGGAAGCUCUUUCUGAUCCAAAUAGACGAACACUACAAACUGUUCCAGUGGCUAUAGAUGAAAUAGAAAUUCGUGAGAUUGUCACAGAGCUAUUCAUAGCAGGAAGAACGCUUUUAUUAGUAUCAAAUAUGGAUAAAGAAGGAAUCCUUGAUUUUCCUGUGACAUCCUUCUUGAAGCUACUUAUAGGGGGGAAAAAUGUUAUUUCUCUGGAUGCAGCCUUGAAAUUUACAAAAUUAGCUUUUAACUACGAGGAAUGGAGUUUGUUUGAAUCUUCAGCUGGGCAGAUUCUUGAAUUUAUCCAGGGGCGGGAUGAGCCAGAGUCAAAGAAAGCAGAGAAGGAUUUAAUUCUUCUUGUUGUAGUAGAACCUCUAAUCAAUAUAAAGAAAAGCAAAGGUACAAUCCUGCCUUUGGAGAACUACAAAGAAGGCCUGUCAGCUCAAGAUUUUGUAAAAAAAUCUGUUUUGCAUAAUACUUGCGUGAAGACUUGUACAUAUUCAGAAGACAUUUUCCAUCUGGCAGCAGUGUUGUAUUCCUGUGUUUGUAACAGUCCUCAGAAUAUUCAGCCUGAUAAAGAAAUCGUUGUGGACAUGAUAAUGUUCCUCUGGCAGAAAUGCAAAUUUGGAAUUCAACGGCUCAAUAUACCAAAAAACGACUAUGCAAAAUUCACCCAGAAAAUCAGUUCUAAUAAAUGGAUUUAUCUUCUGUGGCAGAUCAAUGAAGUAAUUCAAUGCUACAGAAUGGAAGACAUUGACAUCGUAAUGGUGGCGGAAGUCACAUUACGGAUUAGUGAAAUAUUGGAGUUUUUAGGAAACCCCCAAAGAAGGUUUAAAAAGUCUCUAGAGAAAAGAAUAGAGGAGUUCCUUGGGACUCCAAAAGGGAGUCCAGAAAUUCUUCCAAUAUUAAAGAAAAAACCCAUAGAACAAUUAUUUUUGGCUUAUACACUUCUUGACAAAGCAAUUAAUGGAAUAAAUUUACAUUGCAUGUUAACUAACUUGUCCGAUGGAUCGUCAGCGAUUGACCACUGCUAUACCAAGUACCCCCAUGCUGAUGGAGACAUUCACAAACCAGUUACAACAAAUACUUUCAUUAUGGAUUUGCAUGUUGAACUAAUUCGAGCUCAGCAUCGAAUAGCCACUUUGCUCCUUGAUAAAUUGAAUGUUUUACAGAUUCCGGAAGUUAGCGAAAAGAUACCUACCAGAGCUCCAGAGAAGCCAAAACAGUCCAAAAACCCUGAUUGUUUUACAGAAUUAACUGUAAUGAAUAAAAUAAGGAAGAAUAAGAUAUCCAAAGCAAUUUUCUUGAUUCAGAAAGCUCUUUUAAUAUUUGAGAAAGAUACAACCUGCAUAUUUUCACAAGAAUUUUUAAUGGAAGCAUACUCUUUAAUUGAGAAGGCUGAAAUGGAACAAAAUGCUUUAUAUUUAUGUCAGAAAUGUUUGGAAAGUUCUGAAAGAAAAGAGAGCAAAGUCCCUCCUCCACCUCUCCUGUUGUCCCGAACUCAUUGUUCUGUGACCUUGAAACCAGCUCCAUUUACUACAAAUGUUAAGGUCUCCUGGUACUCCAUUUUGGGUUGCAAAGCUGAAGGGAGCUUUGGGAAAGUUAGGUUAAACAAUAACCACCUUCCAAACUCAGGAGAAAUGAUACCAGCUGAUGGUAAAACCGUUUUUGAGGUGAAAGGAUUAGAAACCAAUGAAAAAUAUAUAUUUGCAGUUGCUGCCUAUUCUUCUAGUGGGAAGCUCAUCGGUGAUUCUAUUGGGGAGUCAACGAAACCAAUUCUGAUUUAUCCACCUCUUUCCACUGUUACUACCCGAAUGUUCUUGACACAGGCAGCCUAUCAGAUUGGUGAAUAUGAGUUGGCUAAGAAAAUUUUUUCACCAGUGUGGGACUAUUUUGUUGCUUCACCACCUCAUGAUGAAAAAUCUAUUAUUUCUUUAAAUAAUAUAAUGACUAUUACACAGAGAAGAUUAUAUUCAGACAUUUUGGCAGAUACACCUUCAACCCUAUUGUACCUUUUUCUUAGAAACAUUUUUGUAAUAAGUGACAUUAAAGUUAAAGAAGAGAAUCUUUUCUGUGAUAAUAUUAAAGGCAAUGAGAUUUCCCCUAGCCAAAAUAUUGCUAGAUUGGUUGAAUGUGAGAAAGUAUUAGUGGCUCUGGAACUUAGCAACUACCUAAAUGAUUCCGGUUUUGCCCUUCAAGCUGUGAUCCAGUGUUACGGUCUCCUUGCUCCUAUAAUCUUUCAUAAUAUUGUUCUGGUGCCUGUUGUACAGAUCUUGAUAAAGUGUUUGGUGGUUUUACAAGCACUUCCAAAUGUCCUCCAGUCAAAGAAAAAUGUUGCAAGUUUUGAAAGCAUACAGCAUAUGGUAGCUUGUUCUAUCUACUACUUAAUAAAGAUUCUACGCUCGUGGAGGGAAUAUGACCUCGCAGUAAUCAUUAUAAAUUAUGGGAAACGGAUGUUGGACAUCACGCCAGGAUGCAAAUUGUUUGGUUAUAGCGACCGAGAAGAAGUCUUAGAGGAGGUAAUCUCUAAGAAGAUUUUGGUUGGCAAGCCCAAGAAACCACUGCAGCUCUUAGUACCUGAAAAGAUAAAUGAGCAGUUGGUUAUGUUGGAGACCCACCUACUCAAACUGGUAAAGCAAGUUGCUACAUGUGAACUCUCUGGAGCAGAGGACCCCAUCUUUCUUUACCCUAUAGUUUUAAAUUGGCCAGUCAAAGGUGCUGCAAAAGAAGUCCUGAAAUUUAAACACAGACCCAGAUUCCUGGAAUUCUUUACACAAAUUAUGCUAAAAUGCUUGAAUGAUGAAAAAUUUCAUCUCGUGCUGGAAAUAACAAAUCCGGUCACUGAUUUCUUGAGAAGGAGGAAUGAAUCUCUAACUGGAAUGAGAAGAUACAGAUAUAAGGAAAAUAUUUUGGGUAAAAAGGGGCAAAAAUCUGUGAAGUAUAAAGCUGUGAUAAUGGAAAUUGGAAGAACAGAUACGGUUAUAAGAAAAAGAACUAAGAAAAGGGAAACACUAAGAGAUUUUUUUGCCAGGAAUCCAAAUAUUUUUGAACUGAUGGAACAAGAAAGAAAUAGGAGAAAUGAUGUUAGAAAAGCAGCGCAAAAAUUCCUGAUAAGUAGCUUGAGUCCUUUAAUACUGAGGUAUAUUAAGAGAAAGAGGUUCCAUCAAAUAUGUACUGAGGAACUUCCCUGGAGAGCUCAGAUGAACCUGUAUCUGGCAAUUGCCUAUUACAACUUGUUUUUGACAAAACUGGCAGAGCGGAUAAAAGGAAAAUGCUAUUUGCAUACAUUUUUCAGUUUCCAAGUCUGCGAUCCUGAUAUGUUCUCAUUAUCUAAUUCAGGAACACUAUUACCAACAUGCAAAUUAUCUUCGAAAUACUAUGAAGUCAUGAUUGAUUUUCUUCUGACAUCUAAAAAACAGAAGGCCAAUUUACCAAAUGAUGCAGAGGAAUUUUCAGCAUUUAUUAAUGCGAAAUUGAAUGAAGAAAAUGUUACCAAGCCACAAAACACUCACAAAAUUGACUCUCAAAUGGGUUUGAAUUAUAAGGAGAAAGAACGAGGGAAUAUGACUAUGCUGGAUAAUUUUACAAAAAUCUUUUUAUUUUGCAGGAGAGCAAUGGUUCUUGCUCAUCGAGGUGGCUAUUGGACACUGCUUCAGAACUGCUGCCGGACCUUUUGGAACAUUACUCAGGAGCUACAGUUAUUUCUUAAACAGACCACGAAUAUGUCUAAAAUAUUUCCUGUUAGCCAGGAUGGUUUCCUCUGCACCAUUAUUUUGCCUUUCUAUUUUGGAGCAGAAUUACUUAUCGACAUGUUACUAGAGUUACAGAAUGUUAAUGCUAUUAAGGUUAUGGAAGAAAAGGAAGAGUUCAGUGUUCCCAGCUGCUAUGGAAAUAUUAGGACUGAUAAUGGUGGUUCUAGCCUUUCGUUUGAGCAACCUCUGGAUGAUGUGAAUAUGGCUGACUUGAAAUGGAUUCGUGACUAUGUAUUAAAAUCUCUGGAACUUUUGUAUCAAGUGGAAAAAUGGGAAACAUUAGUAUCACUUGCCAUGCAGUUCAAUGCCCUUUCACAUGAGAGAUACACAGAACAAGUGACACCACUCUUGGUGUAUGCACAGCACCAGCUUCUACUAAGAAUAGACAGGUGCAAGGACCCAGAUAUUACCCAACAAGCUUGUGUAAGAUAUGAAGCUGAACAUGGAGAAAAGAUAACCUACAAGAAUUUCAUUGGAACGCAACUUAAGAUUAGGCCUUCAAUCAAGAAAGAUUUAUCGCCAGCAAUCAUCAAAGAAAUUACACAAGAUUUUAUCUAUUCAGAGUACGACCUGGCCAAAAAACUUGUCUGCGUGCCUGUGGAUGUGACAGACACUUUGAGAUAUUUCCGGGAGACCUUGAAAAAAUCCAAAUAUCACAACAGAUGCAUUCGACACAGCAGAAAGUUGCUUUCAUUAUUUCUUGCCCAGUUACAAGACAAAGAAAGAGCAAGCUCUCCCAAAGUCAAUGCUGGCAAGGUGGAAUUUUGCCUGGGGACAGAAGACAUGCAUUUGCCGACUCCCCCGGACCUUUCUCAAGAGCACUUCAGAGUUCUCAGUUCCGUGGAGAAAAGCAAACUUCCCCUUUCCCAGGUCGGGCUUGUGAUUUCUUCCUACCAUAAGACCAUAGAUGUUCUCGAAACCAGCAAUCAAAGGAGUCUUAAAGUUCAGGCAUUGCAUGAACUUGGAAAUCUUCUCAUCUUUGCUGAAAAGAAAAGAGCCGCUUUAAAAUGUUGGUCUCAAGCUCUCGAUGACAUAUUCAGAAAACCAAAUGUGUUACAUACAUGGAAAGAGUUUGGCCCCUCACCCACGAGUGCCACCAAUAGCUACACUCCUCCACAGUUCAAAGACUACAGUGAAGAAUUUCUGUCAAAAGUUGACAUUUGGGGGUGUUUGCAAGGAGCAGUGAUAUCAGCAAAGAUAGCACAGUUUAUUGAGACAGUGGAUGUGAGUAAAAGAACCAACUGCUGCAUUUUGUCUGCAUUACUCUUUCAGGGUUUGCUUAGAACCACACAUCCACACCCCAAAGCUGACCGUUGCUAUGCUCAGUAUGAAGUCACUCAGCUCCUUCCAGGCGUUGAACUUUUCUCAGACAGAUACAGGGCUGAUAUUUGCACCGUGAUUGCAAGUCUCUAUUAUGUAAUCCGUGAGCUGCACUUUGCUAACCAUAACCUCAUAAUUCUGCCUCUCCUUGCAUUGUAUCAGUAUUUUGUCUCUGUAAUUUGUCAAGACUUAGUCAGAAAUCUAGAAGCAAGAAUCCUCAAGAUAGAGGUUCUUAUAGAUUUAAGAUUCUUUUCUGAAGCCUUUUCUGAGAUGAUGUAUAUUUUUUAUGGGAAAAAUAUGCCUUCCUCCAUACCUGCUGGAUAUAAACCCUUUGGAAGAGUGAAGAUAUUUCAAUCAUUUGAUACAGGAAAAUCUCUUUACAAUAAAGAAAACAUACAGGCACUUGAUGAAAUAAUAAGUAAAGGCAUGCCUCCAAUUCUGACUAUGAUUGGCCAACAACAUCUCUUAAAUAAGUAUUCUUUUGUUAAGGCAUACUUUUUAAUAAAUUUGGCCGCAACAAUUAAUUGUAUUCCAGAAUAUAUAACAAAAUUUCCUUUGAAUCCUGAGAAGUGCAAAGUAAAUACACUGAGCUUGAGAGAGUUAAUUUUAAGAGAAGAAGGAAGUUCAGUUUUACAGCUUACAAAACCAAGAGAUGAUGUGAUUCUUUGUAUAAUAAAGUCCGUCUUACUGACAGAGGCUGAAGACAAGCUAAACAGCCUUUUGGUAGAGGUGGAUCAUUCAGCGCAUAAGAGCCUCGCCCAGUAUUCAGCAGGUGAGCUGGAGAUUGUGGUGGAGGCCCAGCUCCAGCUGGCUGCGGUCGCCUUGCAGAGACACCGCACGGCCUACAGUUCUGCAAUAGUAUUUUCCAUACUUAAACUUCUUCAGGAUUCCAAACUUUUUAAACAGAAGGUAUCAUCAGAAGGAAGAGAAAGUUUCAUCUCUACACCAACUUCUGUAUGUAUGAGUUCAAAAGAUGAAGAAUUUUUAGAUUCUAUUUCCCUCCAUUCUCGAGAAUAUUUCAAUAUUCAUUUGUGGCUGAGGUGCUGUCUGGCAUUGGUGACUGCAUUUGUGGCACAAGUUCGUGGCAUUGGUAUAAUAACAGAGAAUGAUUUGACUGAUGUGGGGAGCCUCAUCAAUGAUGUGUUUAUGGAGGCCAAGAAUGCAGAUGACAAGGAGCUCCAGGCAGAAUUCUUGAUGCAAGCUGUAAUCAUUGGUCUACAAGAAAAGCAUUUAAAGACAGAGAUCAUAACAAAGCUUCAGGAUAUAAUACAGUUGCUUGAAGGAAAUGCGUUUAUUUCUCCUCGAUCUUAUUUAACCCUGGUGAGAAGCAUGCUUUUGAUGGAUGACCUAACAAAAGCUGAGAAAUUCCAGGAUGCCUCUUCAAAAACAGACAAACUACAUUUGUUGGCUCAGUGCCAUAGCAUUCUCAUUGAACAGAUGCUAGUUUUUGGAGAGACAAUUGAAUUUCCUGUAUCAAACACUGACUAUGCGAGUCCCAUACAACCAUUAAAAAAUAUCUAUCUUCCACAUAUCAUGUUGUUGGCCAAAACAAAAAUGAGAAUUGGACAUACCUUGGCCAAGCAAGUAUGCCAAAGCAGUAAAAAGAAGGACUCUUCUAGGUGGUUACCUUCUCUUCAUCUUCUUCAAAUAGCACUGAAACUCUGUAAGACAACAGUAACAGAAGAGCACGAGGUAGAAGCUGAGAUCCUUUUUCAGAAGGGCAAAAUAGAACGUCAAAUGUUUAUGGAAGAUAAAUCAUUACCUUCAAACUUUGAGAGUUUAUUUGAAGCUAUACAGCUCAGCUUGAAAAAUGAUCAAAACUCAGGGUUGAUACGAGACUCCUACCUAGAGAUGGCCAUAUUAUUUUUGCACUUACUGAAGUUAAGGAACAAGCUUUCAGUGUCACCAUCAGCAUUUGUGGCUCCUGUCAGAAGAUACAGUUCUUUGAAAGAUCAGUUGGGAAAUAGGCUAGAAAUGUACAGCUCAUUGGCCUGGAUUGCAAUAAGAGCUGCUUCCCAGGUCAGUAAAGCUGUGCUGGCGGUUAACCAACAUUUUGGAAAGAAUAAUUCUAGAAUUGAUAAAGUUAGUCAAGACACAAUACCAACCAUCCCAGAGUUUGCCUCGAUGGAUCUUUUCUCUUCCUACACAGAUUACUUGCUUGGGAACCACCAAGUAGUCUCCCAGACUGGAUGUAACCAAAGUGUAUUCUACCAAAGUGAUGACUGGAGUGACAACACAGACACAACAAAAAAGGCUGAGACCAAAGUGGACGUUACCUGGAUUCUUCUGUUGCGCUACUACAUUCACCUGCAGAGAACUAACAAUAUGAGCAAAUUGCUAGCAUCUUUAAAGUCAGAAACCGGGAAUUAUGUGCAGGUUGACAGUCUCUUCACAUCCCUUUUCAACUCUGCAUUGAUUUUGCGGCAAAAAGAAAUGCAUUGUUUCCUUAAAAAAUUUUUACAAUUGUAUUCUUCCUCUUGUAUUGAUGAAUUUCCAAGAGAAUUACUUCAAGAUUGGGAGAAUUUACUUUCUUCAGAUAGGAACUUAUUUGAGUCAUCAGGCAAGGCUUAUAGAAACACCAGAUGCUUCUCUCUGGUAGUUUAUGAACCGUUUGUGCCUGCCGUUGAUAAAACAGUGAUAUCAACAGAUAUGGCAACACAAGCUCUAAACAAAGAACUUUGUUUUCAAUGGUACAUUCCUCCACUGGAAAAACCCCCAAGGGAUACAGAACCUAUGGUUUUAUUGUUGUAUGCAUAUAAUUUAAAGCCCAUGAAGAUUUCAGAUGUGAAAUGUUCCACUUACAACAAUGCAUCUGUUGGCUCUCUCUGGGUUCCACUGAACAGAGUUAUUUCAAUUCAUGAAAAGCUAUCUAAUCUUACACAAAUUGCUGAAAUUUCCUUGCCAACAAGCUCUGAAAUUAUUUCAGAUGAAGAGGAACCUGAGGAAGAAAUGGAUAGAUUAGUUGAUAAAGAUAUAGAACUCAUGGUUCUUGAAUGUUGCUCAAAUAUUUUAAGCCUGUUUUUGAAUGAAAAAGAUGCAUCACCACUAUCCAAGGUCCCAUUUGUCAUCUCACUGAAAUCUAUAUUGGAUCUUGAGAGACUUUUUGAUCUUGCUAACGGCGGUGUCAUAUCAAAAGGAAGCCUGUUCCAGUGGAUAUUGUCUCUUGUUCCCUGA